AUGUGUGCAUUUAAGGCUCCUUGCAAUGGAUCAGGAUGGUUGGUGAUUCAACGACGAAUGGAUGGAAGCGUGGAUUUUAAUCGGAACUGGACUGAAUACAAAGAUGGAUUCGGCAAUUUAACAGGAGAAUUUUUCAUCGGCCUAGAAAAGUUGCACCAAAUAACCCAAUCGGGUCAGUACGAACUUCUCAUCAAUCUGGGAGAAGUCGAUGGGUCCAGAAAUUUUGUCAAGUAUGAUUACUUCAAGAUUGGCAGUGAGGAAAAUUCCUAUACAUUGGAAUCAAUUGGAAAUCCCACCGCUGGAGGUGCGGGCGAUUACCUCAAAACCAACGUGAACGGGAAAUUCUCGACAUAUGAUAGGGAUAAUGACUUGGCGAUUGGAAGUUGCGUUGCUACACAUGGUGGUGGCUGGUGGUUUGGUCAUUGUGGCUAUAGCUCCCUAAACGGAAGGUUCUACAAAGAUGGAAAAAUUAAAGAUAGGUUAUACGGAAUAACUUGGGGCAUGUGGGCGAAAUACGACUAUACCUUUUCACUGACUUUUGUCGAAAUGAUGAUAAGACCUAAAACCUUUUAG